CUGGGAGUCUUAGGCGACGUCAGAGCAAUGAGAAACACUGUGAUACACACCGCAAGCAAGGACUUGAAUCCAGCGUCGAGGAUUUGUGUUUGUGCCAUGGGCCGCGGGAAAAUAAUGCCCGUGUCCAGGGGAAGCGACACAAGUCCGCCCGUCUGCUCGACACGUUCCCCCGAUUCGACCGCUAAACCUUGAUUUGCACAUCGAAAGGCCCAUCCGCCUCUUAUAGUGCUUGGAAUCGUGCACUACAAAAAGACACAAACGAUGAACAUCUCGUCCCCUCAUGCACGAAUUCAAAUAGGAUAGCCGCAGCAGGUAUCCAGUCAAGAAGUCGACUCGAUUGGGUCAAGUGAGAAUCCAUGAUUGCCCUGAACGAGGAGAUAAAUAUUCGGUGAGAGGAUACGAGCCUGGUGUGUUGUGUGAAGGGAGCCUGUGUUUUAUGUAAGGAGACGCGGAUCGGUGUUUAUCGCAAACAAAUUGAAGUGUCGGCUCUUAACGAAACAACUCCAUCCCAUCAGGCCAGCCCCUCCCAGACAGUGUUCACCCUCGAUCCCUUCGAGAUGCAGCAUCAUCUUCAGGUCGCAAAGCUUGCUACGAUCUUACCAACAUCAGUGCACAGGAGCCCAAAGACGAGGACAGCACAAGAUGGACACUGUAUUAAGGGUGGCCAAGUGAACGCCAAAACAAAGUAGUUCCUCGAGAUGAAUCGGUCCCGAGAAUUCUCUAAGCUCCACCGUCAUGUCAAUUCCUCUAUGGUCCGCCGGACUCCGUCCAUUCGCAUCCCAAACGACAACCCGCGCGAUCACACCCAAGGAAUGCCCUGGAUUGGACAUCCCGAAACAGCGCCAGCGUACGUCUCAGAUUCGAUUCGGAACAUCGCGAUGCAGGAUUUAGCACAAUCCACGCGAGGUUCGUUCGGCUUCAAACUUCCAGUGACAGUCGGAAUCCCCAGCGUAGCCGUCUUCAAUGCUCAUAUGCAUACGAUCAUCACGACUGCAGAGUCGCUUCAAACAAGAACGUCGUCAGGAAGCUUGAGCCGAGGUCGGAGUGCGCAAUGGAGUCUUCGGUGAAGGAUGACAAGAGAGGACGGAAUCGGUGACUGCCUAUGCGGUCGGCCGCAUUGGGAAUGUUUCCGUUUGGCCUACUACAUCGGGUGGGCGGUCUAUUCCUCCUCCUCUGUGCCAGCGACUGUCCUUACGGAUGGGAUGGUUCCUCCAAUGAAGCCCAACUUGGUGUUCUCCUCUGCAGGUGAAGUUGUGUAUGCGUUGACAUGUCUUUCUCCGGCUAAGUAGUCAUCAGCAAAUCGUAUCGAGAACAAAUCAAAGCCACCACCUACCGGAGACGUCUACUCCUCAGGGAAAUCGCUCGCAUCCUCGGAUUGGUUAUGGGGUCGUUCACGUAACUGGCCUAUAUAGUCCACUAUAUGGUGACAUUGCGAGGGGAUCACAGAAGCCGCACUCGACCAAGUUCUCCGACUUGUUGGUAGCCCUCUUGAGAGCGGCUCGUCCACCCCAUUCGUCGCUAUUAACGUGGAUCCUCGCGGCCAUGCUCAAAGGAGUGUGGGUCGUGGCGGUUCAAAUUCCACUCCAGGGGUGAAGGGAACUCGACGAAAAGGAACUCUGAGUACGGCAAACGCCGUCACAGCAGCGCGUGCAUACGAGGGCUGAUAUGUUUGGGUUGGAAGCCGGUGAUUUCCGGCCACGCUCUUGGGGAAUGUGUGGACUCCAAUGGUGAUCGAGGACAUCAACAAGGGAGCCACGUUUUCAAUCCACCGGCGAUCCCCUCGUAGUAUCAUCGUAUCUUGCAGCCCUCUAAAGUUAAAGCGUCGUCGGAACAAGGGAGGGUUGUGGAGGAGAGGCCGUGUGGAGGAGUGCUCUAGUCAUAGGAUGGUAACCACCAAUAUCAUCGGCUCACAGCAAAACGCCCAACUCGAUGAAGCGCACGCUUCCAGACACAAAACGAAAACAGUCGAUGUGCUAUGUCCUCAAGUGCGAGCCCCUUCGAUUUGUUCUUCAUUAUGCCAGUGCAUUGUCCUAAUGUUGUCCUUUCACCACGGCAUCGUGCAUAGCGAACGCUCACCCUCCGAAGGUGUUCCGCGAAGAGAAGGGGUGCAGAUGGUCGUCCGUCGACAAGGCGCUGUAUAUAACGGACUGCAGCCUGUGGUCCAUGAGUUUCUGGAGAUCAGUUCUCGUUCAGCCAAUCCACCACCGCUUCAGGUCGCUCGCCUGCGCUCCUGUUCCCGUCAGACUUUCGGCUCCCUCCAAGCUCUCGCCAUAUUCCGGUCGAGUCCUCACGCCUCCCUUUCGUAUGCGCACAAAUCAGUUGGUGUCGUUGCCUCCCCAGAUAUACGAGCCAAGUUCAGCACAAUCGUGUCCGCGAUGGUCCUUUCAAUUCGUCAAUAGCGAUACUCGACCCUCGCCUGUGGCCCAUCUUGCCUCCAGUUGUACCCCAUCUCAGCCAUGCAAUCUGAGUCAUCCAGCGCUCAGACGAUUUUUCCGUUCACCGCUGACCGAAACGUGGAGGCCCCAACACCCGGUCUCAUCUUGCACGAGUGGGAACUGUUUCGGGAGAUAUUCGAGCAGAGCUCAAUGGGACGUACGAUUGACCGUGAGAAUGGCCACAUACUGAAGACCGAAUGCCAAAUAAAUGACAUACUGAAAGAGCUCUACAUGUCUGUGAUGGCCAGAAAUAUGUUGUGCCACAGGUUUAUGGGUGACGCCACGUCUGAAAUCGAGGAGUAAUUCGACGACAAAGCUGCACUGCGCGUAAACUUUCUUUUCGUGCAGUGAGACGAAGCCCUGGCGAAACAACUCUGCCGCAGUCAUUCAUGAGCAUCGCAGAGACCAUGCAUUGCCUACGCCCUGAAAUUCCACAUUACCCGACAUCCUCCGGACUGGCCCUCGGCCCAGGCGCACGAUCGCAAUCCCGGAUCGGACUACCGGGACCAGAAACAUGGGAGAGAACGUGGGGCGAUGCGUGUGUAGCCGGUGGCUCUACACACCGGGCAAGCCCGAUAGUGUGGGCCUACGAGUCGGGAUCAUCGAGCGGCAACACAAACCAAAAUAACUCCGCUACUUUGUAUUCUGUCGACGAUCCGGACCGUGCAUGAACCAAAGGAAGCAACGGAUACAUCCUUUUCACCAAUCUUCCACGCCCUUUUUCCGGAUGAGCAUGUUUUGCUUCAUCAUCACCUAGCAAAGCGGUUUCUCCAUGAUGUCACGAUGUGAGAAGCUUGCGGGGCUUCGUAAUAUUCGACCUUGUGUUCUUCUCGACGACCUAAGGCGAGAGGACGACCUCAAACUCAGCACGGUCUUUCUAUUUCAGAUCACAACCUGACAUGAUUGAGACGCGAGGACGACCGACUGCCGUCCAAUUAAUUUCCUACGCAAGCAGUCAACCAAGCGGAUCUACCCCUUCUUCCAACAGGAACCAGUACGAGAGCCACAGGCCCAGCGAACGGCGUGUGUACCAUCCUGCUGCGCCCGCGGAUCGGUCCCAAUGGGCGAUGUGGAUGGGCAACGUCCCCAAGCACGCCGACGAGCAUGAUCUGCAGACGUUCAUCGCCGCACAAAAUCCCGACCACGGUGUGCUAUCCGUGUUUUUGAUCUCGAAAUCGAGCUGCGCCUUCGUCAACUUCGCGAGCGAGGCACACUUGAAUGAUGCAAUCAAGCAGUGCAAUGGCAAGCAUUUAGGCCCGGAUUGGACUCGGGGGCCGCCGUUGGUUUGCCGAGUCCGGACACUCAACGACGACCUUUGGACUGGCGUCGGUGGGCAGCGAGGAGUUGGCCUGCACCGACAGUGGAUCAACAGCCGCAUCGCAGCGCGUGAUGGCAUCGGAGACGCCGAUUCGCCGAGCGCAGCUUCCGACGCCUCGACAACGUCGAGCUUCUUCGAAAAGCACUUUCCACGGCGCUUCUUUGUCCUCAAGUCGCAGACAAGAGAAGAGUUGGAUCGGUGUGUUGAAGAUGGAGUGUGGUUCAUCCAGACACACAAUGGGGCUGUUCUGGACCGAGCGUUUCGCACAUCUGACGAGACGAUCUUGUUCUUCAGUGUCAACAAGAGUGGCCAGUUCUAUGGCUAUGCCAGGAUGAGGACCUCAGUGAUGACUACGAAUGAUGCUAUCCAUGAUGGCCUGCCACCCGAUACAAUGGUUGCCGAAAAGUCCCCCAGCCCGUUUACGCCGAGUCCGUCACCGCCCGGUAUCACUCAGUCGGCACCCAGUGUGAUGACUCCCGCCGGACAUCCCGACUUGCAGGAGUUGUACGAAGCUGGGAAAGGCGUUCAUCAGCCUAUCAGCCUCGACGGGCUCCUCCAGCGGCACCAGGACAUCCUCGAAGCUAGAUUGGAACCAGAACCGGAUGACCACCCUGAGCCUAGUCCCAUGAGUGACGGGGUGUCUGGCUACACUGCUCAAAUCACCGUCGAGUGGAUCUGCCUCGAGCCGCUGCCUUUCAAACGGACGCGCAACAUUGUCAAUACAUGGAACCGUGAUCGCGAGGUCAAGAUUUCGAGGGACGGCACUGAGCUCGACCCAAAUGCUGGAUUAGCGCUUCUGGAGGCAUGGCGAUUGGUGCAGGAUGAGAGGAGACGCCGACAGGCGUGAACGUAUGAUCCUGCCCUCCGACUCCAGAGACAUAGGAAAUGCGACUGUGUUCUCGACUCCCGUGUUGUGAUUCGCUUCCUUUGGUAGUUUUCCCAGGUUCCAGGUGCACAGAGAUAUGCGAGCUGGUAUCUGGACACUUGUAAAUGUACUCCAUCUUACUGUAUCUUCUUUUCUCCCAGGUGCACCACUAUGUUUGGUGCUAUCUGUCUUUUUAUAACAAGUUACAUAACGUACACUUGGCUCACAAACUUAUACCGACAUUUCGUUUGAUUCUUCGAAGCUAUCGAUACGAUCCAC